AUGGCUGUGCGCCGGCAGCUGCGGGGCCCUAUGGCGGAAUGGCGGAACUUCUCGCAGCUGCAGGAGAUGGAAAGCAACUGCAUGGUGCUGCUGUCGUCGGAGCAGCAGCACGAUGUGGGCGCGAAGAACGAGGAGCUGAUGCCUAUGGUGUUCCUCUGCACCGGCUGUAAGCGGCCGGUGGGAGACACGGAGAGCUGGGUGAGCAACGACGAGGAGAUGGGCUGCAUCCUGCUGAGCAGGGCGUCCGCUAUCGUCUCGGUGGACGAGAAACAUCAGUUCUCCCAGCUGCCCGGCGAACGCGGAUGUCUGACAGAAACAUUGUUUUGCUCUGGCUGCUCAACAACACUUGGCCACAUCUACAGGUGCACACCAAAGCAUCUUGACUACAAGAGGGAUUUGUUUUGUUUCAGCGUUGACUCAAUUGAAAGUUACAUUCUAGGAUCAUCAGAAAAACAAGCUCGUACUGAUGAGGAACCUUUAACUCUUGAAAGUCGAUCUGUCUUGGAAACAACCAUACAAAGGACAGACACUAUAUUAAGUGCUCUGGAGACAAGACUGAUUGCUCUUGAAUUGAGCGUGGCCUCUCUUCGCAGUAAAGUCUGA